AUGCCUAAACUAACAUCGAAACUUGAAGUUGGUCAAACAGAAAGUCAACACACAACAACUAUGCUAGCUACAAGGUGGAAAGUUAGAAGAGAUGUUUACAUGUUGACAACACAAUUUGAAAAUAAAAUGAUUGCUAUUGGUAAAAAAGAUCAUCAUGGAAACCAAGUAAAUAAACCUCUAUCUGUGUUGAAAUAUAAUGAAAAUAUGGGUGCUAUAAACAAAACAGAUAUGUUGUUGAGCUCAAUUGAAUGUGUGAGAAAAACCAUAAAAUGGUAUAAGAAACUGUUUUUCCACCUGGUAGAUCUAUCCUUACUAAAUGCAUAUAGUUCAUACAAGACUAUUACUGGAAAACAUUUACCAUUGGCAAGCUAUCAGUUUCAACUAAUCCGAGAAAUGCUAAUAAAAUAUUCAAAGAAAAGUGCUUUGAACAAAACAAGUCGUCCGCACAGCAGUGAUACUGUGAUACCUAUGCGAUUGACAGAUAAACAUUUUCCAUCCACUGUACCACCAACAUCUAAGAAGACAAAUCUUCAAAGACGGUGUUAUGUAUGCCAAAAAUUUAAAAAUAAAAGAAAAGACACAACAUUCAUGUGUAAAGAAUGCGAUGUUGGGUUAUGUCCAGCUUCAUGCUUUGAAAUAUAUCAUACUAAUAAUAAGAUUUGA